UGUGAAUUAAAGUUUAAAGUGCUUCAAGUGCUUUAUCAAAAAUAAAUUAUACGACACGUGUGCCCGCCCAACAGAGAAAUCAAAAAUACCACUAUCCACAACAAUUUUUGGCAAUUAUUUAGAGAGAUGAUGCAAACGCUGAAACCGCCACCGCCACUGCAUCAACAUCAACACCAACACCAGCACCAACACCAACACCAACAUCAGCACCAACAUCAGCACCAGCAGCAUAAUCAUCAGCAGCACAUACAGCAGCAACAGCAACAAUUGGCGCCAACGCCGCAGCUGACUGUCAUGGAUAAUCAUCAGCAGCAGCAGCACAUACAACAACAACAACACCAGCAGCAGCAACAAUUGGCACCCACGCCGCAGGCAUCGCACCUGCUUACUGGCCAACACAGUCAUCACUCUCAGCAACAACAUUCUGGACUACUGCCUGUCGACCAUGAUGACCCAAAUCCAGAGCUGGUGCUCGCUUUAAUUUCAAGAAAUCGUGCGCUCGAGGCAACGAUACCAAAGUGUGGUGGCUGCCACGAACUGAUACUGGAUCGCUUCAUACUAAAGGUGCUGGAGCGGACAUGGCAUGCCAAGUGCCUGCAGUGUAGCGAAUGCCAUGCUCAGUUAAAUGACAAAUGCUUUGCCCGCAACGGGCUGCUCUUUUGCAAAGAGGACUUCUUCAAGUCGAACAGACGUUAUGGUACGAAAUGUUCCGCUUGUGAUAUGGGCAUACCGCCAACUCAGGUGGUGCGCCGCGCCCAGGAUAAUGUCUAUCAUCUGCAGUGCUUCCUGUGCGCCAUGUGCUCGCGCACCCUCAAUACGGGCGAUGAGUUUUAUUUAAUGGAGGAUCGCAAGCUCAUCUGCAAGCGUGACUAUGAGGAGGCCAAGGCGAAGGGUCUCUAUUUAGAUGGCUCGCUGGAUGGCGAUCAGCCCAACAAGCGACCACGCACCACAAUUACUGCUAAGCAGCUGGAGACACUAAAAACCGCCUAUAAUAAUAGCCCGAAACCCGCGCGACAUGUACGUGAGCAACUCUCCCAGGACACUGGACUGGACAUGCGGGUAGUGCAAGUCUGGUUCCAAAACAGACGCGCCAAGGAGAAGCGACUGAAAAAGGACGCAGGACGCACGCGCUGGAGUCAGUACUUCCGCUCCAUGAAGGGCAACUGCUCGCCACGCACUGAUAAAUUCCUGGAUAAGGAUGAGCUAAAAGUGGAUUACGACAGUUUUAGUCAUCAUGAUCUUAGCAACGAUAGUUAUAGCACCGUCAAUUUGGGUCUGGACGAAGGCGCUUCACCGCAUAGCAUACGCGGCUCCUACCUUCACGGCAGCUCCAGUCCGUCGCAGUAUCCACCAAGCAGUCGCUCGCCGCCCACAGUGGGGCAAAGUCAUACGUUCGGUUCAUACCCAGACAAUAUUGUAUAUACUAAUAUUGAUCAUGGAGUGGGCUCUAAUAUACAUCCAAACAAAUCACAUCAUCGCCUGCAUAGUAGCAACAAUGUCUCGGACCUGAGCAAUGAUUCUAGCCCCGAUCAGGGCUAUCCCGACUUUCCGCCUAGUCCAGACUCCUGGCUGGGAGACUCCGGCAGCACCAACAAUACCAGCACAAACAAUAACACAAAUAGUAAUAAUCACAAUAACAACAGCAGCAGUGGGCGCGCAUCAAACCAAAAUCCCAGUGCCAGUGCCAGUACCACGCCCAAUCCGGCAACGCCUGGCGUACACUACUGAUACUCAAAAAUACUUUUGCGUUAUUUUGAGAUGCAGUCGCACAGUUUGCUGCUUGCUGCGGCCCAGCGGGAGCAGCAGCAUACUUAGCAGCAAAAAGGAUUUUCAUAGAACUAGUUAAACAGAAGUUCCGUUACUCGAUUUUAAUAAGUUUUUUCUAAUUUUAAUAAAAGCUUCUGCUUAGAAGCAUGAACGCAGCCUAUGUUGAGGUGUUUACCAACACUGUAUCUAAAUAUUUGAUUUCUUACUCCACAUUGUAACACAAUUUGCUCAAGAUUUUGUAAUUUCGAUUUAGUUAGGAUUCGCCUAAAAGUAUGAGCACAAGAACUUUUACUUACAACUUUAUAAACAAAAAAUAUGGCUUCAAUGAUAUUUAAUGUUAUUCUUUUGUUUAUGUUUAUGAAAUGGCUACUUUUAGUGUGUGUAAAUAUUGUAUAUUUGUGUAUAGUGAAAAGAGAGAAACAGAAACCAAAACACACAUAACUACGUUUUAAAUUAAGUUAAGUCUGUAUAGGGGCUACAACAAGCUUUGUCUGGAGGCACAAUGCACAACAUUUACAUAUGUAUAAGGCCCAAAAACAGCAAAGCCCUUAGAAAAACAAAGAAAAAAACAAACACAGUUAUUUAUUGCUUUAUAUAGGGAUACAAGAAUUGCAUAGAAGAAAUAUCAAUUACGAAAAAGUGAUGUCGUAUAUACAUACAUAUAUCUAAAGUAAUACCAAAAAAUAUGAUAUACAAA